AUGGAGCAGAUGGACAGCAAGCCUUACCAACCAUUAUCAAAAAUUAAGCAUGAAAUGGAUCUUGCUUACACCAGCUCUUCAGAAGAAAGUGAAGAUGAGCGUAAACCUAGACAAUCGUACAACUCAAGAGAAACCCUCCAAGAAUGUACACAAGAAAUGCGAUUAAACUACAACAGCCAUAGCAGAAAAAGGAAAGCAGUGGAAGAUCCCAGCCAAGAGAUGGAAUACUGUGAGUCUCCGCACAUUAUAUGCUCUGCCUAUCAGACCAACCUACACACGGGUGGACAGCAUACCUACCCACUAGAGAUGGGUUCUGAUGUGGAUACCGAGACUGAAGGCGCCACAUCACCAGACCGUGCCCUCAGAAUGUGGAUGAGGGAGAUGAAGUCAGAGCACAGUUCCUGCUUGUCAAGUAGAGCCAACUCUGCGCUUUCGCUAACGGAUACUGACCAUGAGCGGAAGUCUGAUGGGGAGAAUGGCUUCAGGUUUUCGCCUUUUUGCUGCAAUGUGAGCUGCCAGGGAGGCUCCACAGCGGACCUCUCCUCCAACCCACGCAAUCAGUUUACCUUCAGGCCUCUACCUCCUCCGCCUCCACCACCACAUGCAUGCACCUGCAGUCGACAGACUUCACAGACACUAGAUACUCUCCAGAGGAGUUCUAUGACAUCUCGCAGUCAGCCAAGUCCAGCUGUUGGCAACCCACCCACUAGCACUCAAGAUACAGUGCACCUGCACAACAGCUGGGUUUUAAACAGCAACAUACCCCUGGAGACCAGGCAUUUUCUUUUCAAGCAUGGAUCUGGUACAUCUCCAAUCUUCAGUGCUGCCAGCCAGAACUACCCUCUUACUUCAAACACAGUCUAUUCUCCACCUCCGAGACCACUGCCCAGGAGCACCUUCUCCAGGCCUGCCUUCACAUUUAACAAAUCAUACCGGUGUUGUAACUGGAAAUGCACGGCCUUGAGCGCUACAGCAAUUACAGUAACGCUUGCACUACUGCUUGCAUAUGUUAUCACAGUUCCCAUGUUUGGUUUAACUUGGCAACUUCAACGAGUGGAGAGUCAAACUUAUGAGAAUGGGGUCAGUAAAGGAAGCAAAGGAGAGGAGUCUAUGGACACCACUUACUCACCACUUGGAGGAAAGGUGACCGAUGAAGCAGAGAAAAAAGUGAAUCAAAAAGGUAGAGCAAUCGACUCUGGAGAAGUGGAAAUUGGGAAGCAGAUUGAGCAGAAUAUCCCACCUGGAUUAUUCUGGCGUUUUCAAGUUACAAUUCACCAUCCAAUGUACUUAAAAUUCAAUGUUUCCUUCUCAAAAGACUCCCUUCUUGGCAUAUAUGGAAGGAGAAAUAUCCCACCGACACACACACAGUUUGAUUUUGUAAAGCUGAUGGAUGGGAAACACUUGAAAAAGCAAGAACCGAAAAAUACAGAGAACCCACAGCAUGCACCUCGAAGUAUUUUUCUGCCAUCGUUACAAGAGACAGGUUUUAUUGAAUACAUGGAUCAAGGUGCCUGGCAUUUGGCUUUUUACAAUGAUGGCAAGAAGAAAGAGCAAGUCAUAGUAUUGACAACAGCAAUCGAAAUGAUGGAUGAUUGUUCAACCAACUGUAAUGGGAAUGGAGAAUGCAUAUCUGGGCAUUGUCAUUGCUUCCCGGGAUUUUUGGGACCGGAUUGCUCUAGAGAUUCAUGCCCAGUACUCUGUAGUGGCAAUGGUGAAUAUGAAAAGGGACAUUGUGUAUGCAGGAAUGGAUGGAAAGGAGCAGAAUGUGAUGUUCCAGAAGAGCAAUGUAUAGAUCCAACCUGCUCUGGAGGGCAUGGGACCUGUAUUAUGGGAGUCUGCAUCUGUGUACUGGGAUAUAAAGGAGAAAUCUGUGAAGAAGAGAACUGUCUGGAUCCAACAUGUUCUGAUCAUGGUGUCUGUGUGCAAGGGGAAUGCCAUUGUACUGCUGGCUGGGGCGGUGUAAACUGUGAAAAUGCCCUGGCCCUUUGUCAAGAGCAAUGUUCUGGCCAUGGGACCUUUCUAAUGGACAGUGGAGUCUGCAGCUGUGAGCCCCACUGGACAGGAGCAGACUGCUCUGCAGAGCUGUGUGCAGUCGACUGUGGAAGUCACGGUGUAUGCUCAGGAGGUGUCUGUCAAUGUGAAGAUGGCUGGGGAGGAGCUAGCUGCGAAGAGCGCACCUGUCACCCAAACUGUGCUGAACAUGGUCAAUGUAAAGAUGGAAAGUGUGAAUGUAGCCCAGGAUGGGAGGGUGAACAGUGCACCAUUGCUCACUACUUGGAUGCUGUAAGAGAUGGUUGUCCUGGUCUUUGCUACGGCAAUGGAAAGUGCACACUUGACCAAAAUGGAUGGCAUUGUGUAUGUCAAGUUGGUUGGAGCGGAGCUGGAUGCAAUAUCAUUAUGGAAAUGGCUUGUGCUGAUAAUAUGGACAAUGAUUCUGAUGGUCUGACAGAUUGUGUGGAUCCUGAUUGCUGCCAGCAAACCAAUUGCUUUUCCAGUCCUCUCUGUCAAGGUUCGCCUGACCCAUUAGACCUCAUCCAGCAAAGCCAGCCACCCUUCUCCCAGCACCCUCCACGACUCUUCUAUGACCGCAUUAGAUUCCUUAUUGGCAAGGACAGCACUCAUAUAAUUCCAGGAGAAAUUAGCCUUGACAGCAGUCGUUCCUGUGUAAUUCGGGGUCAAGUAGUAGCAGUGGAUGGGACACCAUUGGUAGGUGUCAAUGUCAGCUUUGCGCAUCACAAUGACUAUGGAUAUACAAUCAGUCGUCAAGAUGGAAGUUUUGACCUUGUCACGCUUGGUGGCAUAUCUAUCACUUUAGUCUUUGAAAGAUCACCCUUCAUUGCUGUGAAGAGGACACUAUGGCUUCCUUGGAAUAAAUUCAUUGUGGUUGACAAGGUCGUUAUGCAGAGGUCAGAGACAGAGACCCCACUAUGUGAUAUCAGUAGUUUCAUCAACCCAAAUCCAGUUGUUCUCCCUUCACCAUUGACAACAUUUGCUGGCUCGUGUUCACAAAGAGGACCUGUCAUCCCUGAACUCCAGGUAGUACAAGAAGAAAUUCAAAUCCCCUCAAGUUUUCUAAAACUCAGCUACCUGAGCAGCAGAACACUGGGCUACAAGAGUCUCAUACAUAUUAUCCUCACCCACGCAACCAUUCCUAUUGGACUAAGUAAAGUGCAUCUAAUUGUAGCAGUGGAAGGACGACUUGUUCAGAAAUGGUUUCCUGCUGCUAUUUACUUAGUUUAUACCUUUGCCUGGAAUAAAACUGAUAUUUAUGGCCAGAAAGUAUCUGGUCUCUCAGAAGCACUAGUGUCGGUUGGAUAUGAAUAUGAAUCAUGCCCAGACCUUGUAUUAUGGGAACGGAGGACAGUCAUCUUGCAAGGCUUUGAGAUGGAUUCUUCAAACAUUGGAGGAUGGACCUUUAACAAACAUCAUAUACUAAAUCCUCAUAAUGGUAUAUUGCACAAAGGAGAUGGAGAAAAUAUAUUCAUAUCACAGCAGCCUCCUGUGAUUUCUACACUGAUGGGAAAUGGUCUGCAGAGAACCCUCUCCUGCUCCUCCUGCAAUGGACCAGUACAUAACAACAAGCUCUUUGCUCCUGUUGCUAUGGCAACCGGACCCGAUGGGAGCAUCUACAUUGGCGAUUUCAACUUUGUAAGACGGAUACACCCAUCUGGAAAUGUCAUAAGCAUUUUAGAGCUUCGAAACAGGGACACGAGACACAGUACUAGCCCAGCUCAUAAAUAUUAUUUGGCCGUGGAUCCCUCUUCAGAGUCUUUGUACUUGUCGGAUACCAAUACCAGGAAGAUCUAUAGAGUGAAAUCGCUUUCUGAUGUUAAGGAGCUGUCAAAGAAUUUUGAAGUGGUAGCUGGGACAGGUGAUCAAUGUCUCCCAUUUGACCAAAGCCACUGUGGAGAUGGAGAAAAAGCAAAUGAUGCUUCACUUAACAGUCCAAGAGGAAUUACUGUAGAUGCACAUGGCUUCAUUUACUUCGUUGAUGGCACCAUGAUUCGGAAGAUUGAUGACAGAGGCAUAAUUUCAACAGUCAUAGGUCUCAAUGGUUUAACCUCCACACAGCCCCUUAGCUGUGACUCAGGAAUGGACAUCAGCCAGGUUCGACUAGAAUGGCCAACUGAUCUUGCUGUCAACCCCAUGGAUAACUCAUUAUAUGUCUUGGACAAUAACAUUGUACUCCAGAUCUCUGAUAAUAAUCAAGUGAGAAUUAUUGCUGGCAGACCCAUACAUUGCCAGGUUCCAGGUAUAGAUUACUUUCUUGUCAGCAAAGUAGCAAUUCAUUCCACCCUGGAAUCUGCACGAGCCAUUGCUGUAUCACACAGUGGCGUCCUCUACAUUGCCGAAACGGAUGAAAGGAAAAUUAACAGAAUACAACAAGUCACCACAAAUGGAGAAAUCUCUACAUUAGUUGGAGCCCCCACGGACUGUGACUGCAAGAUCGACCCAAAUUGUGACUGUUUUACAGGUGACGGUGAAUUUGCAAAAGACGCCAGACUGAAAGCGCCCUCGUCGUUAGCUGUUUCUCCAGAUGGCACACUGUACAUAGCUGAUCUUGGCAACAUACGCAUUCGAGCAGUCACUAAGAACAAGCCUCAUCUGAAUGCCAUGAAUAUGUAUGAAGUUGCCUCUCCGGCAGACCAAGAAUUGUAUCAGUUCAGUACCAAUGGGACGCAUCUCCACACUUUAAAUCUUAUAACUAGGGACUAUGUGUACAAUUUCACAUACAACGGUGAUGGGGAUGUAAUCUCUAUUACCAGCAGUAAUGGAAACUCAGUUCACAUACGACGUGAUGCUGGGGGCUUGCCUUUGUGGCUGGUUGUUCCCGGAGGACAAGUCUACUGGCUCACUAGCAGCAGUAAUGGAGUGCUGAAAAGGAUAUCUGCCCAAGGUUAUAACCUAGCAUUGAUGACAUACCAUGGUAAUACAGGCCUUCUUGCAACCAAAAGCAAUGAGAAUGGUUGGACCACAGUUUAUGAGUAUGACCCUGAAGGACAUUUAACAAAUGCAACCUUUCCAACUGGAGAAGUCAGCAGUUUCCACAGUGAUAUGGAAAAAUCCACCCGGGUCGAGCUUGACACUUCAAACAAGGAAAAUGUUAUCACCACCACUAAUAUAUCAGCAACAAGCAUUGUGUAUGCUUUAAAGCAAGAAAACAAUAUUAACAUCUAUCGAGUUAACCCCGAUGGCUCUCUACGAGUCACCUUUGCAAGUGGGAUGGAAAUUAGCCUGAAUGCAGAGCCCCAUAUAUUAGCAGGAGUGGUCAGUCCUACUCUGGGUAAAUGUAAUAUCUCGCUUCCGGGGGAGCACAGCCCAAAUCUUAUUGAGUGGCGACAACGUAAGGAGCAGAACAAAGGCAAUAUCUCCUCUUUUGAAAGGCGCUUAAGGGCUCACAACCGAAACCUAUUAUCGAUUGAUUUUGAUCACAUCACCAGAACCGGAAAAAUCUAUGAUGACCAUCGGAAAUUCACUCUUCGAAUUCUCUAUGAUAAAACUGGACAUCCCAUCUUGUGGUCACCAAGCAGCAAGUACCAAGAAGUCAACAUCACAUACUCUCCAAGUGGGCUUGUUACCUCCAUUCAAAGAGGAACAUGGACUGAGAAAAUAGAAUACGAUCAAAAUGGAAAGAUGGUAUCCAGAAUCUGGGCCAAUGGUAAAAUAUGGAGUUACACAUAUGAGGAAAAGUCUAUAAGCAUCUUUUUGCACAGCCAGCGACGUUACAUCUUUGAAUAUGAUCAUUCGGAUUACCUUGCUUCAGUAACUAUGCCGAAUAUGGUCCGCCAUAGUCUUCAGACAAUGCUCUCUGUUGGAUAUUACCGCAACAUAUACAACCCUCCAGACAACAUUGGCUCUUUUAUACAGGAUUACAGUGGAGCUGGACGUCUACUGCAGACAUUACAUCUUGGAACGGGACGUAGAGUCUUUUAUAAAUACACAAAGCAAACAAGGCUGUCUGAAAUUCUGUAUGACACUACCCAGGUUACAUUCACCUAUGAAGAGUCUUCGGGAGCCAUUAAAACAAUUCAUCUAAUGCAUGAGGGAUUUGUUUGUACUAUUAGAUAUAGACAAACAGGACCUCUUAUUGGACGACAGAUCUUCAGAUUCAGUGAAGAAGGUCUUGUGAAUGCAAGGUUUGACUACAGCUAUAACAACUUCCGAGUGACCAGCAUGCAAGCAAUGAUAAAUGAAAAUCCUCUUCCUAUAGACUUAUACCGUUAUGUCGAUGUGUCUGGGAGAACUGAACAGUUUGGAAAAUUCAGCGUCAUCAAUUAUGAUCUAAAUCAAGUCAUUACAACUUCUAUGAUGAAACAUACUAAAAUAUUUAGCUCUAGUGGGCAAGUUAUUGAGGUGCAAUAUGAGAUUCUAAAGGCUAUUUCUUAUUGGAUGACAAUACAGUAUGAUAAUAUGGGUCGAAUGAUCAUGUGUGGAAUAAGAGUGGGCGUGGACGCGAAUUUAACAAGAUAUUCCUAUGAGUAUGAUCCUGAUGGUCAACUUCAGGCUGUAUAUGUUAACGACAAACUUCAGUGGAGGUACAGUUAUGAUCUGAAUGGAAACAUAAACCUGCUUAGCCAUCGUAAUAGUGUUCGCUUGAUCCCACUGAGAUAUGACAUUGGAGACCGGAUCACCCGACUUGGAGAGAUUCAGUAUAGAAUGGAUGAAGAUGGGUUCCUCAGACAAAGGGGCAAUGAUAUAUUUGAGUACAAUUCUAAUGGUCUUUUGAGCAAGGCAUAUAACAAGGUUGCAGGUUGGAAUGUACACUACCGAUAUGAUGGGCUUGGUAGGCGCGUUGCAAGCAAAUCGAGUACUGGAUCUCAUCUGCAGUUCUUCUAUGCAGAUCUAGCUAAUCCAAUAAGAGUCACUCAUUUGUACAAUCAUAGCAGUUCAGAAAUAACUUCACUCUAUUAUGAUCUCCAAGGACAUCUAAUUGCCAUGGAAUUGAGCAGUGGAGAGGAGUAUUAUGUAGCAUGUGACAAUACAGGGACACCUCUAGCUGUAUUUAGCAGUAGAGGCCAAGUUAUAAAGGAAAUUCUCUACACACCUUAUGGCGACAUCUACGAAGACACCAAUCCAGACUUUGAAAUCAUAACUGGAUUCUAUGGAGGACUGUAUGACUCUCUGACUAAACUUGUACACCUUGGACAAAGAGAUUAUGAUGUUGUGGCUGGACGAUGGACCACACCCAACCAUCAGAUUUGGAAUAGAUUAAAUACUGACCCAAGGCCAUUUAACCUGUACUCAUUUGAAAAUAACUAUCCAGUUGGCAAGACCCAGGAUGUGGCACAGUAUACUACAGAUAUCGGAAGUUGGCUGGAGCUUUUUGGUUUUCAACUCCACAAUGUACUUCCUGGGUUUCCCAAACCAGAGGCAAAAGGCUUUGAGUCAACAUAUGAACUACUACAACUACAAACGAAAACCCAGGAGUGGGAUCCUGGGAAGACAAUUCUUGGGAUACAGUGUGAGCUUCAGAAACAGUUGAGAAACUUCAUUUCUUUAGAUCAGCUUCCUAUGGCUCCAAAACAUAAUGAUGAAAAAUGUCAUAGAAACAUAAAAUAUCCAAGAUUUUCAGCUGUACCAUCUUUAUUUGGAAAAGGGAUAAAGUUUGCCAUCAAAGAUGGAAUUGUAACAGCUGAUGUAAUUGGAGUAGCGAACGAAGACAGUCGCCGUAUUGCUGCCAUCUUGAAUAAUGCCCACUACUUGGAAAAUUUGCAUUUUACCAUUGAUGGUCGGGAUACGCACUCCUUCAUUAAGUUGGGCUCCUUGGAAGAAGAUCUUACUGUUAUUGGAAACAGUGGUAGUGGUCGUAUUCUAGAAAAUGGAGUCAAUGUCACUGUGUCACAGAUGACAUCAAUGGUCAAUGGAAGAACUAGACGGUUUGCUGACAUACAGCUUCAACAUGGCACCUUGUGUUUUAACGUUCGCUAUGGAACAACCAUCGAUGAAGAGAAGGAUCAUGUUAUAGAAUUAGCAAGGCAGAGAGCUGUGGCCCAGGCUUGGACUAAGGAACAGAAGAGACUUCAGGAAGGAGAGGAAGGCAUAAGAAUGUGGACAGAAGCUGAGAAACAACAACUUUUAAGUACUGGGAAGGUCCAAGGCUAUGACGGAUAUUUUGUUAAUUCAGUGGAUCAGUAUCUUGAACUUUCUGAUAGUGCCAACAAUAUUCACUUCAUAAGACAGAGUGAAGUAGGCAGGAGGUAA